GGCUACACGCGGGGGGGGCUGAAGAUCGGGGUGACGCAGCCGCGGCGCGUGGCCGCCAUGAGCGUGGCCGCCAGGGUGGCCGUGGAGAUGGGGACAAAGCUGGGCAACGAGGACGUCCCCGAGGCUGAGCACCACCAGCAAUGGGGACAGUGGGUGGUUACUGGUGGGAUUGGGGUGAAUUGGGUGACACAGAGGGUGACAGCAAUGACCAUGGGGUGUCCCCGGUGUCCCCAGGACGUCCCCGAGGCCGUCCCCGAGGCCGAGCGCCGCCGGCAGUCGCUGCAGGACGGCCGCCGGGCCCUGCCCAUCUUCCCGUUCCGUGACGAGCUGGUGGCGGCCGUGGCCCAGCACCAGGUGCUGGUGAUCGAGGGCGAGACGGGCUCGGGGAAAACCACCCAGAUCCCCCAGUACCUGCACGAGGAGGUGGGGUACAGCAUCCGCUUCGAGGACUGCACGUCGGAGCGCACGGUGCUCAAGUACAUGACGUCCCCAUCCCUGUGUCCCCAUGUCCUCACACGUCCCCGUGUCCCCGGCAGCGUGAUCAUGGUGGACGAGGCUCACGAGCGCACGCUGCACACGGACGUGCUCUUCGGCCUCAUCAAGGACAUCGCGCGCUUCCGGCCGCAGCUCAAGGUGCUGGUGGCCUCGGCCACGCUGGACACCGAGCGCUUCUCGGCCUUCUUCGACCACGCGCCCGUCUUCCGCAUCCCGGGGUGCCACUUCCCGAUGGACAUCUACUACACCAAGGCGCCCGAGGCCGAUUACCUGGAGGCCUGCGUGGUGUCGGUGCUGCAGAUCCACGUCACCCAACCCCCCGGGGACAUCCUGGUCUUCCUCACCGGCCAGGAGGAGAUCGAGGCCUGCGUGGAGCUGCUGCAGGAGCGCUGUCGCCGCCUGGGCUCGCGCCUGCCCGAGCUGCUGGUGCUGCCCAUCUACGCCAACCUGCCCUCGGAGCUGCAGGCCCGCAUCUUCCAGCCCACGCCCCCCGGCGCCAGGAAGGUGGUGGUGGCCACCAACAUCGCCGAGACGUCGGUGACGAUCGACGGCAUCGUGUACGUGCUGGACCCGGGCUUCUGCAAGCAGAAGAGCUACAGCGCCCGCACGGGCAUGGAGUCCCUGGUGGUGACCCCCUGCUCCAAGGUGAGCCCACCUGUGUCACCUUACUGUCACCUGUGUCACCUUACUGUCACCUGUGGAGGUGGCCCCGGGGUGUCCCCAGGCAUCAACGACCUGAUCCACUUCGACUUCCUGGACCCUCCCCCCCACGAGACGCUGGUGCUGGCGCUGGAGCAGCUCUACGCCCUGGGGGCCCUGAACCACCUGGGGGAGCUGACCACGCUGGGCCGGCGCAUGGUGGAGCUGCCGGUGGAGCCGAUGUUGGCCAAGAUGAUCCUGGCGAGCGAGCAGUACGGCUGCACGGAGGAGGUGCUGACGGUGGCCGCCAUGCUCUCGGUGAACAACGCCGUGUUCUACCGGCCCAAGGACAAGGUGCUGCACGCCGACAGCGCCCGCGUGGCCUUCAGCGUGCCCGGGGGCGACCACCUGGUGCUGCUCAACGUCUACAACCAGGCACGGGGACCCCGGGGACAACGGGGACAGCGGGGACAGCCAGCAGCAGCACUGACCGUGUCACUUUCUGUGUCCUUGUCCCCCCCUGUGCCAAUGUCACCAUGUGCCUCUGUGUGUCCCCAACGCUGUCCCUGUGUCCCUGCGGUCCUCUGCUGUUCCCCCUUGUCCCCGCUGUCCCCCAUGUCCCCGCUGUCCCCCCCAGUGACAGUGUCCCCUCUGUGUCCCCAGGCCAUCACGGCCGGGUUCUUUUACCACACGGCGCGCCUGGCGCGGGGCGGGUACCGCACGGUGAAGCACCAGCAGCCCGUGUUCAUCCACCCCAACAGCGCCCUGUUCGCCCUGCAGCCCCGCUGGGUGCUCUACCACGAGCUGGUGUGCACCUCCAAGGAGUUCAUGAGACAGGUGAUCGAGAUCGACAGCGCCUGGCUGCUGGAGGUGGCCCCUCACUAUUACCAGGCCAAGGAGCUCGAGGACGGCAGCGGCCGCAAAAUGCCCAAAAAAGCCGGAAAAUCGCGGGAGGAGCUGGGCUGAGCCCGGGGACACCUGGGGACACUUGGGGACACGUGGGGGGACAUCAGGGGACACUUGGCACACCCCAAUACAGCCCCGGGGCAGAGCCCCGCGCGGGGGACGCCGCUGUCCCCGUGUCA